GACCAGCUAUGUCAGUUGUUGAUUUCUCUGGGAUAGCGAUUUGGGAGCGAAGGGAUAGUUUCUACGGGGGAGGGAAUGGAGAUAAGGGAGAAAUGGCUGGGCAUCCCUACUGCUUCUCCGUGAAUUCGCCCGUCUUUUCUUGUUCCGGUGAGCGGAUUCGGUUUUCUCUGUGAUCCGAGUGGCGAAAUUUGUACUUUCCGACGGAAAGUUUCGUUUUUUCUGGGGAUUUGAGAUACUGUGUCGCCGUUGAAGUUUCGGUUUUUUCUGGCAAGAUUACUAGCUUUGUUCUUUUAUCUUGAAAAUUGGGCGAUUUUGUGGUGAACAGAGUACAGUUGAGGAUUGGUCUUGGGGAUUUGGAGCGUUUGGUAUGUCGGUGAAGCUUUUGAUGCUCUGAUUUGUGUGAACAUUUUAGUUUAUUUAAGGAUGUAUUGAUUUUUGCCUUUUUUUGGAGUUGUGUCGAGUGCUAGUUAUCUCUCUUUCAUUAUUCUCUUGCGGGUUUCCAUUUCUGGAAAGCUUGCUGGAAAUCGUUGAGAAAGAAUGGGUCAUUAUUUGCAGGGAGUAGGCAAUUUUGUUGUAUUCUUUCACGUCUCUUGAGGAGGAUGUGUUGAUGGAGGAUGGAUGAUUGGGAUGUUAUAUGAAGAAAUUUUUAAUUUUAAGUUGCUGCUGUAGCUUUUCUAACUCAUUAUUUGUAUUAAUGGGUUUGUUCAAUUAAAUUCAUUUCUUUCCUGAUUUGAUCUUUUUAAUUUAAUGACUGAAUCAAUUUCUAAUCUAGUGGUUACUGCAGCAGGCAGGAACCACUUGCAAUCUCUUCCUGUUAUCAGCUUCCAAUUCUUUUGCUCCAAAUAAUCUCUGGCUUUUUCUCUCAUUUUUCCUCAAAUCUUUUCCAUCAGAGAAGUGAUCACUCAUAUAUCCAGUUUUGCUUUCUAACGCUUUUCGGUCCCCCAAAUGGCCGUCUCUUUCACCCGCCUUUCGUGGUGGUGGUGGAGUGCUGGAAAAGAUAAAGAGCCCGUUCCGAAUGGCUCUUCGCUGAACUCCUCUUCUCCUGAUUGGGGUUUUGGAUUGAGGGAACCUGAAACUCUGAAGUUUCCUCCGGUGAAGGGACCGAGGAUUGCCUCUUCACCGAGAAAGGUGAAGCGGAAAUGGCAGAGCAGGGAAGAGCGCCGGAGAAUUGACAGGGAAUAUGAUGUUGUGUUGGUGCCAUCUGAUGGCGUUUGUUUAUCUGGUUCUGAUUCGGAGGAUUCGGACUGGUCGAUUGGGUGGUUGGAGCCACAUGCCCCUGAUUUCCAGAAAGAUGACGAAGAGGAAGAUAAUUUUGCUGUGCUGGUUCCUUGCUAUAGGCAUGACGGUGAGGAACCGAUGGAGGAUCCCAGUAACCAUCUUUUGAGUGCUAUCAAGAAUCUCACUGAUGACUACCCUGGUGAGAACAAUGCCUGCCAGUAUGGUUUCAAUUUUUCAUUAGGAGUGGUGCUGUUCUAUUGCUUUAUUGAUUCUAUGCUGGUAUUAUGAUCUUUUCUACAUAAUUCUUAAUAUUGUGAUCCACCUAUUUCUUGCGGUAUGUCCUACAUGAUUUUGUUGUGCCCAUGUUUUAACUUCCCUAUACCAAUAUUCAAACUGCAUAUAUUAGUUGUUUAAGUUGUUUCUAGGCACCCUUUGAGAUUUAAUCAGUUUUACAUUUGAAAUGCAGAUGAACUUUUAUAACGUUGCCUUCAGACCUUAAAAUUCUCAUUCCUUUUGGCUACUACUUUUCAGUAAAUUAUUUUCCCUUUUUAGCAUGGAAAGUUAUGGCUAAUAAUCUUUUGUUCAGUGAUGAGAUUUCAACCUGGAGAGUUUUAUAUCAUAUUUUGCAUGAUCAGUCACCAUCGUGAUUGUUGUAAUUUAUGUUCUCGCAUGGUGUAUAUGGCUGUUAUCAUAUUACUAUCUCCUUACAGAGCUAUCAAUUAGUGUUUUUGAAGAAGAAUGAAUAUGAAUGGAACAAUGUCCAAAUUAUCAUCCUAUAUUCACUUGUCAACUGCAAUUGCAUGAAAGUAUAACUUCUGUGGCUUCUUAGAUCCUCAUCUGGAAGUAUAAUUGGUGUAAAGGAUGUCAAGUGAACAAGUGUAGAAAGUGCUUUUUUUCUGUUGACAGAUUAGGAGGCCGGGAAGAAAAUCCCCAUUCCUUCAUAAAAUUUGGAGAAGUGACCAUGUCAGUAACAUGACAAAAUGCAGACAAACAGAAAAGGCAGGGUGAUUGUUGAGUAUAACUUUUUGUAAGAAUGCCCUGGUAUUUGCUGGAGAGAAUACCCAGGGCUUCCCGUGGGUUUGGGGCCAGUCUUUUGAGAAACUAAUUGUAAUGAUGACUUAGCAUACAUUGUAAGAUUUGAGUUUUGGAACUUCAUCAGUUAAAGUGUCAAUGGUGUUAAAGUGUCUAUGAAUCCAACUUAUAUUCAAAGCAGAGGAUUAUACUUCUAUGAUCUUUUUAACCUGGAGGUCCUCCACAGUGAGACACUUCAAAGAGCUCCACACCUCAUUGGUGUGCACCAAGUUCCUCUCUGGAGACUGUUCUUUUUGUUCACCCACUGUGUUGAUGUGGGAUUUAAAAGUCUUGAAUUUCGUGAGGAAAUUGCCCAUGAUCGUGGAAAUUGGCAGAGAAGGAUUUAUAUAGCUAACCCCACAUAGUAGGAUUAGGUUUGGUUGUUGUUGUUGUACCUUGUUGAUGUGGCCAUGGAACUCUACAGCAACGAGUCUUAAGUCUCACUAUUUAUGGUCGAUUACAUGAAUCAUUUUCCGCCAAUUCACACAGUCAAGGAUAUUUUCCUUAGCUUAAGUUAUCAUAUCCUUCCUCAUUAUCUUGUCCAUGGAGCUCUGAAACACUUAAUUCAUCUCAUUCAUUUGACACUGAAAGCUUUUUUGUUUGUUUUUGUUUCUUGUGUUUUUGUACCUUUUUUUUUUUGGGCACGUGUAGUUUUGUUAUUCCAGUUUUCCUAACUCCCAUGCAAAAUGGGUAUAUUCUACUUAAUACGUACUUAUAAA